AUGUGGUCGAUAAAUGUAAAUAAAGAUGCUAAUAUUUGACUUGUCGUACUUUACUGUUUUGUCACCGGUUAUUUGCCAGAAGUUACUUUAUUGUACAGUAUUAGUACUCUUUUUAGGUAAUAGAUUUUAUAUCGUUAGCUAUCUUGUGUUUUUGACGUUUUUUGGCAACAAUUUUGGUUAUAUUACUUUAUUUUUUUGUCGAAUUAGGUAACGAUGAAGACCUCAAAAGACGUUCGUAAGAGACCCAACAUCUUGGUCACUGGUGUUCCAGGCACGGGCAAGAGCACGUUCGCUCCGAAAAUUGCAGAGAAAUGUGGACUAACUUUCAUGGACAUUAACAAAAUGAUUUUGGAAUUCAAACUACAUUCUGGAUACGACAACGACUACAAAAGCUUCAUUUUGGACGAGGACAAGUUAUUGGACCAUUUAGAGGUAUGGUUUAUAUUUUAGUACUCUUUUUAGGUCGAUUUAGUACAUUUUUAUGUUGAUAAAUUUAGAAAAUCAUGUUUCAAAUGCUAUUUUUCUUUUUUUGAGUGCCUAUUUAUAACUUCUGCUUAUUUUUUAAACUUAAAAACCUAUUAGGAAUACUUCGACGAAACUCACCUCGAAGGAGGUCUUGUGAUAGAUUACCAUGCAUGUGAUUUCUUCCCAGAACGGUGGUUUGAUAUUGUGGUAGUGCUGAGAUGUGACAAUACCCAAUUGUACGACCGACUUAAGACCCGAAACUACUCGGAGAAGAAGCUCAGGGAGAACAUUGAAUGUGAGAUCUUUGGAACGAUCGCCGAAGAAGCAGAAGACGCCUACAAAGAAGGUGUGGUACAUCAACUGCAGAACAGCACGUUGGAAGAGCUGGAGAAGAACCUGGAGACUAUUGGCCAGCUUGUUGUUAACUACAAGGCCUAG